CUCUCUUUCUCUCUCUCUCUCUCUCUCUCUCUCUUUCAUUCUUUCUUUAUUUCUCUUUAUUCUCUCUUAUCAUUCGCGAGCGGCUCGCAGCCUCCGCAGCAAUUCGCCGUUGUGGACAGCCGGCCUAAAAGAAGAAGAAGAGGACAGUUCGCGAUCUCGGGGGUGGUUUUUCCUCGGUAGUGGUGUUCGGAACUGUGACUCGAUCUCGCUCGUGAGUAAACGGAGAGUUACAUCGAAGAGUUACGACACUCGGAGGAGAUCGCUCUCGCUCUCGUUUUCCUUCUCUCACUCUUUCUUUCUCUUUCUCUCUCUCUCUCUCUCUCUCUCUUUCUUUCUCUCUCUCGUCGACGCUGACGACGACGUUUCGCCAACGGACGACGACGAACGGACGCUACCCCGCUCCACCGCGGGAAGCCAGACGAACGAUGCUUCACGAAUGAAGAAUGUAGACGAGACAGGGGGAGGGCAAGCGGAUCUGCCUGUCGCGGAUUCGGAGGAGGACAUCGCCGCCGUCUGAAGUCUAAUCACCUCGAGCCGCGUCGAGCACCUUCCUCGCGUCUUCCUCGCUCCGAGCAGGCACGAUGUCGAGAAACUCAAGUUCCUGGCGAACCGGCAGACUGGAGGCCCUGCUGGUACUAAGCCUGUUCCUGCUCCUCGUCCUGCAGCCGGAUCCUUGCCUCGGCUCGCCGUCCCACCGGAGCAGGCAUCACGAGCACGAGCUGCACGCCGCGCAGGAGGCGUCGCACGAGGACACCAGGAGUUCCAGGUCGAGCGAGGAGCUCCCACGACCGGCCGCCCUCGUCGGCCACUCCGACGAUCCGCUGGUGGUGCGCACCAGGAAAGGCAUGGCCGACGCCUGGUUCGGCAUACCCUACGCCCAAAAACCCGUCGGCCCGCUGAGGUUUCGCCAUCCGCGGCCGGUCGAGCGCUGGUCAGGCAUACUGAACGCGACCACCCUGCCGAACAGCUGCGUGCAGAUCCUGGACACGGUGUUCGGCGACUUCUCCGGCGCCGCCAUGUGGAACCCAAAUACGCCAUUGAACGAGGACUGCCUGUACGUGAACGUGGUGGUGCCGCGGCCCAGGCCUAGGAACGCUGCUGUCAUGGUAUGGAUAUUCGGUGGUGGCUUCUAUUCCGGCUCAGCCACCCUCGACGUAUAUGACCACAAGACCCUGGUAUCGGAGGAGAACGUAAUCGUGGUGUCGAUGCAAUAUCGCGUGGCUAGUCUCGGUUUCCUGUACUUCGGCACGUCCGACGUGCCCGGUAACGCUGGGCUCUUCGAUCAGAUGAUGGCUCUGCAAUGGGUGCGCGACAACAUCGCCGCGUUCGGCGGCAACGGUGAAAGCGCGGGCGCGGUCUCCGUCUCCUUCCACCUUCUGUCUCCGCUGUCCAGGCACUUGUUCAAUCAAGCCAUCAUGCAAUCGGGCUCAGCGACCGCGCCAUGGGCGAUAAUCUCGCGCGACGAAUCGAUCGUGCGUGGCAUCCGGCUGGCCGAAGCAGUCGGUUGCCCGCAUGAUCGCCACAAUCUGCGUGAGGCGAUCGACUGCUUGUUGACGAAGGAUGCGGAAGAACUGGUGAAGAACGAGUGGGGCACCCUCGGGAUAUGCGAGUUCCCGUUCGUGCCGGUGAUUGACGGCGCGUUCCUCGACGAGACGCCCCAACGUUCGCUCGCCACGACAUCCUUCAAGAAGACCAACAUCCUCAUGGGCUCCAACACUGAGGAAGGCUUCUACUUCAUCAUCUAUUAUCUGACGGAGCUGUUUCGCAUUGACGGCGCCGAGGACGUAAAGGUGACGCGCGAUCAGUUCAUCAGCGCCGUGUCCGAGCUGAAUCCCUACGUGAAUCAAAUUGGCCGUCACGCCAUCAUCUACGAGUACAGCGACUGGCUGCAUCCGGAAGAUCCGCACGCGAAUCGCGACGCCCUUGAUAAAAUCGUCGGCGACUACCAGUUCACUUGCAACGUCAACGAAUUUGCCGGCCGAUACGCCGACACCGGCCACACUGUCUAUAUGUAUUAUUACAAGCAUAGAUCUAGGAACAAUCCAUGGCCGCGAUGGACCGGAGUCAUGCACGCCGAUGAGAUAAGCUACAUCUUCGGGGAACCGCUGGACCCGUCCAAGGGCUACACGCACGAGGAGAUACAGCUCUCGAAAAGAAUGAUGAGAUACUGGGCGAACUUCGCAAAAACGGGAGAUCCGAACAUCGACGAGAGCGGCGAGCUGUCCCUGGCAUACUGGCCGUCGCACACCGCCGUCAAUAAAGAGUACCUGACCUUGGACAUCAACAGCACGGAGAUCGGCAGCGGUCCCAGGGUGAGGCAGUGCACUUUCUGGAAAAAGUAUCUGCCGCAGCUGCUCGGCGCCACGUCGAAACUGGAGGUCGGGUCCAAGGAGACGUGCGGCAGCACGAGCCUCGCCGACUCUGGCGCGACCCGGAUACUCCUGAUCUUGAGCCUGUUAUUGACCGGCCUCACUACUCUGCCUCACAUCCAGCACGACGUCAGAGGUAUCGUUUAGCUCCCGGCUGCCGCCGCCGCUGGAUCGGUGGUCGGCCGUCGAGCCGCCGUCCUAGCCCCGUCGAGCAGCAGAAGCAUCAGCAUCAGCAUCAGCAUCGGCAUCAGCAACGCGGCAGCAGCAGCAGCGGCAUCGGCAUCAGCAGCGGCGGUCCGUUUCUUCCCUAAAGAAGAGGACGAACGAACGCGAAUGAACAAACGGACGGACGAAACGAACGAACGAACGGACGAUCGGGAAGAUGACGGUACCGUGCGAGAAACAGACAUAUCAAUAGUAGAAGAGUGCUCGAUCGCCGGGGGAUCGACGAUGAAUAAAAGAAAAAAAAAAUACACGUCCGCCUAUGAGAGAGAUCUCGGUCGGAAAUUAUGGGGGACGAGGGGGGGCCCCAGAGGCCCGGGGUGGAAUCGAGUUCGAGUAGCGCGUAAAUAGAGAAAGGAGAGAUCCGAGAGGGGUGACGAACGACGAUCCGACGACGAUGACGGAGGACGACGAGAGGUAAGAAGAGAAGAAUAAAUGAGAUAUUCGAUGUAGCGAUGCACGGACGAUCGAACGGGGGACGAGACGAUGGCUCGAAACUAUCGGCGAACUACGCCGACGGUUCUAAUUGCGCUAAUUAUAGUUCCUACGAGUCACUCCGAAGUCUGAGGCUCUUCCCUCGCCUUAAUGCUAGCGCGACAGAACGACGAGAAAGUCCGUUUGAAACUUUUGGAAGGUUCAUAUAGGUAUCCGAAAAACGUAAUGAAAACGCGAGGAUUCGAAACAAAAUUUCAAACGGGAGUUUGAAAAUUCAAAAAAUUCGAAAACGCUAAAUUUUAACAGUCCGAAAAUUUAAAAAACCGCGAAAAUUUGAAAAAUCGUGAACACGUGGAUUCGAAAAAUUCGUAAAUCAUAUUAUAUUAUGUUAAAUUAACAUUCGGAUAUGUUAAAAGUUCAACACAAAAAUUUUAAUAAAGCCUGACACAAUUACAAAAUGUUUUUUAUCUGUGUGAAGAGAUACAAGAGUCUGAAAAUUCAAAAAAUUCGAAAAAUGCUAAAAUUUAACAGUCCGAGAAUUUAAAAAACCGCGCAAAACGAGAAAUCGCAAACAUGGAGAUUCGGGAAAAGUAGAGGACAGGUAUGAGGAAAUUAGAAGAGAGAAUCUCGGGGAUGCUGGAGGAUUCGAGGUACCAGAAGCUGUACACGACACGCGCGGAUUCGUCGUAAAAUUAUCGUUACAUCGGUCUCUCGUCGAAUCCGGUACUCCAUCCAGAACACGAACAGCGUGUUAUACCACCCCGCUAUACAGGGUGUCCCAGACUUCCCAUUACAGCCGUCAAUAGCAGACUCCUGAGAUUAUUUCAAGACAAAAAUCCUAAUACCAAAGUGCCGACACUACAAUAGUUUUUAAAUGAGAAGAGUUUUUAAAGUUAGUCAAAUAAAUCAUUCGAAAUUCGCGCGAUCAAGCAUGCACAUUAACAAUAAUGAAAGAGUUUAGAAGAAUAGAAGAGAAUAGAAUUGAUGCUUGAAAACAUCUUCACUAUUUUUUCUUUGCUAUUAACAGGUGUCAUGCAAAAUCACCCUAGAAAUCCUCAAAUAUAGGAGACUGAACACCGUUUAGACAAUUUCUGAUUGGGCCGCUAUAUUUUUCAGAAAGAUAGAACAAGAUAGAUAAUACAUAAGAUAGAAUGAGAUACACAUCUUCUUCCAUCUUAUGCAUCUAUUUAAUUCUAUCUGUUCUGAAAAAUAUGGCGGAUCAGACGUAUGGUGUGUAGUCACUUACUUGAGGAUCUUUGGAACACCCUGUAUAUCUGCUAUGUGGGUCACCGUUGCGGGGGGUUUUAUGAGCACGAAUCACCGUGUCGCGUCGCGUUUAUCGUGACGUUAUCCCACGGGACAAGGCGGUCACGUGUAUAUAUCCGAUGUUAGAUAUACCGGACGGGUGAUCGAAGUAUCCGGGGGUGAGAACGUAAUUUCUCCCGAGCUUUACCGGAUCCGUGCAGCUUCCAUUGCAAUAUCGGGAGUCUACGUUAAAAAAAAAAGAGCUUCGAAAAUCCUCAAGAGGCACAUAUCUACACCCUGCACCUGUCUCCGUUAAAAGAAAUCUGAUACAGCCAGAUAACGCGGAAUCGAUACGAUCGAAUCGUGUUCCGUGAAUAUCAGAUAUCUGACAUACGUUGUUAUUGUUCGUAUCGUCAAUUUCGUAUCAAGAUACUCUCGACGUGUAUAUUUUUUUUUAUUAUUGACUCGAGAUAUAUCUCGCGGGAAACGAGGACCUUUUUAUCACGCCAGAUUUAGAUCAUCGUAAAGAAAUUCUAUACAUAUAUAAUUCUAUACUGUAGAGAUUUCAUACACUCGUAUAGAAUGAUUCGCGUCCUUCUCUAAAUUUAAUGAAACAAGUUCUAAAGAUGUCUAUCCUGUUUUGCAAAAAUCUUUUCGUUAAUUUGCUAUAACAAUAACUGACCUAGAAAAGUUGUCAUUUUUUAGUUGCUUGCAGAAAAAGAAUGGAAACGUAAAAAAAAAGAAGAAAAAUCUAAAAUCUUAAAUUAUCUUAAAUUAUGUUAUGACACUGAACAAUCAUAUGAGAUGUGAUCCAAUUAACGCUGCAAAUAUUUCGUUGACCAAUCGCAAGAAAUUAUAUUACAAAUUGAUCAAUCAAAGCAUUUGCAGCGUGAAGUGGAUCGCAUCCAUAUUGUAUUGUUAUUUAUCCUGAGAACUGUCUUCUAAUUGGCUGAAAUAUGGUAACGUAACUUAUUCUGGAUGUAAGUUUUCUAAUACAGAUUUUCUAUAAUAAGCCAUUACCUCAGCUUUAAGUCUUAAGCCAUAAAAAAUUAACCAAUCAUAAUAGAUUAUUCUUUUCACAUUCGACUGUGAUCGAUUUUUUAUGGCUUGUGACUUAAAACUUAGAUAAUAGCUUAUUGUAGAAAACCUCUAAAGCGUCGUCUACAAUACACGGAAUAAGAAGCAAGAGCAAGAAAUUGACCAAUCACAGUCGAUUAUUCUUCUCACAUUCGAUUGUAAUUGAUCAAUUUCUUACUCUUACUUCUUAGACGACGCAAAUUUAGGCCGGAAUCAAACUACUCAUCGAAGAUUAAGAUCGAAGAUUGAAAGAUUGAAAUUUGACCAAUCAAAACGAUAGGAUCUAAAAUUCCUUUGUCCUCCAUUGGUCAAAUUUCAACCGCUUAGUCUGAUUCCGUGACUUUGUGGCUUAUUCUGACUUACCACUAAUAUAUGAUAUGAGUGAUGACUAACGACUCAUUGUAGAAAGUCUAUAAAAGUUCAUCUGAUGAAAAAUAGAUAUUAUUUCCUCCCCCUUCCCCCCCUCGCUCGUCGCGAUGACGCGUCGCGUAUCGCAUUCGUGUCUAACAGCCGACGAAGAUGAGCGCAGUGCCGCGUAAAAUUGCCUCUGGCCCCCCCCGAGCGACGAGGCCGAUUACGACGACUCUGCAAUUCGCAUUCGUCUACCUCCGCAUCCGCCGUUUCCAGCCACUGCUGUGUGUGCGCCAUACGUAUCUACCUACGUGGUAGAGUAGUGAAAUGGGGUCCGCAAUUCGAUCUAUACGGUCCGAUACGCGCGCACGACUCGCGACUCCGCGUCGCAGCAGUCGAUCGCGCUCGUAAAAGGCAGGAGAGAUAAAAAGAGAAGAAAGAGGGAGAGAGAGAGAGAGAGAGAGAGAGAGAG